CCAGUCAUCCGGCACUCACUCCACAGUCAAGUGCCACCCCCUCCACGUCCCUCUAACAAGAAACUGUGCCAUCAUAGGCUGAUAUAUAUAAUUUAAGGUAUCAAAUUCUACCACAGAGAAAAAGGUGAAAGAACACAUUAGCGCUAAACACCAUGGCGUCGUACAGGUGGGUGCCAGCCGUCUUUAUUUUCUCUACCUUCCUGUGCAUCAGCUUCUCCCUUGGUAAAGAAAAGGCCAGCGACAGCCCUGACGUUCCCGGUGCUGUGGAAAAUAACACAAUUAAUGACACCCGCGAUCCGCGCCUCAGAGUCGACUCCCAGAAUCCCCCUCACGAAGAGACUUCGCAAGACGCCGUACAGAACACGGAGACUCCCGCCAACAGAAGUUACAACGACACGACGGACUUCGUGGUCGGGGUCAACGGGUGGAACUUCAUGGGGUCGUGGGCCAAGUACGACCUGGCACAGAUGCAUCCUCCGCCCAUUCCUCGUGUGCCCGAGGACUCAGACCAGGGGGUCUUUAUUUGUCAGACGGCGGCGUUCACCAGCCUCCUGGAUAAGGAGUUCCAGGCCAUGGAGAAUGUGUCCUUCCUCCUCACCUACUACGUCGCCUCCUCUAACAGGGACCUGAGCAUGGUUGGUGAGGUGCUGGGAGCAGGGAACAAGACGCAGAAGAUCUUCAACUACGCCUUCCCAGACGACCUGCUGGAGCAGAACAACACGUGGGUUACUCAAAUCUUCAGACUUCACAACUUCACUGGUGAUGGCAAGUUUAAGGUCAGAUUGGCGGUGAGGAGCAACACUACUGGUGUGUGGGCGGUCAGCGUCCUUCAGAUUAUGGGCGUCCUGCCGCCCCCGCCCACUCCUGUCCUGCCGCCCCCGCCCACUCCUGUCCACCCUGCCACCCAGCCUCCAGACAACACCACAACUCAGAUAACGGUGAACGCUACAACGGCAGAGUAUCUACACAACGCUACAACGGGAGCACCUCUGGUCAACGCCACAACGGGAGCACCUCUGGUCAACGCCACAACGGAAGAAUUUCCGUUCAACGCGACAACGGAAGCACCUCUGGUCAACGCCACAACAGAAGAAUCUCUGCUCAACGCCACAACAGUAGCUACUAACGAAUCCACCAACGUAAUUGCCAACGGUACCAACAACGGCACUAGCACUGCCGGCAGCCUCGUUACCAACAACACAAGCACUAACCUGUCGGAAACUGGAGCGCAGGUGGAGAAGCUGGCGAGUGUGGCCCAGGCCAUAUGGGACGCCUUCUACGUCUUCCUGGCACUCUUCUGUGCGUGCCUGGUGGCCCUCGUGGCCCUCCUCGUCCACGGCAGGUGCAAGGAGGACGAGCCGCCUCCCGCUGUGGCCACAUACAACCCCAGGACCGCCUCAUAUCGCCUUGACAAAGUCUACGACAAUCCUGCCUACGAGAACAGUGCCGCCUAACUUUUACCUGUGAACCCAAGCUGGGAUUCCGAGCAGAGGGCCCAAGCUGAGACUCCGAGCAGAGGGCUCAAGCUGAGACUUCGAGCAGUGAACCCAAGCUGAGAUUCCGAGCAGUGAACCCAAGCUGUGAGUCCGCAGCCCGUUCUCAUAAAACAAAGACCCCAAAGUCCAUUCCAUGCAUCCGCCAAACCCCUAGCUGUUUAUAAAUGAAAAACGGUUUACACACUACUCACAACUGAUGACGUCCGAACACUUCCGGAACAAGUGCUUCACUGACGA